GGCACACUAUAAGCCCUUGUGUUAAUUUAUAUAAUAGAGAUUUAAAAUAUUUUAGUCCCCUAAAAAUAAUUUUCUGAUCCCACCUUAAAACAAAGACCUCAUAAAAUAGUUUCCCCACCACCAAUUCUCAUGCCUUAAUUAGGACUAAGAAUAGAAGGGAAAGAAAUAAAAAUAAAAGAGUCAUGCUCAACCACAAGGAUCUCAUUCAUUAGAAUACCUUUCAUUUUAUAUUCUUUUUAAAAAUUACAUUUUAUUUUAUUUUCCCUUAAAAGUUAAAACAACACUCAUUAAGUUAUACAGUCUCUUCUUGUUCACAUCAUCCCUCAUUUCUCCUCUACUACUCUACAACUCUAUAUAUGUUUUCCUCUUCCCCUUGAUCAAGACAUCCCCCCAUUUCUUGCCAACUCUUCUAGAGCUUCUCCACCCUCUUCUUCCCAAAAAAAAAAAAAAAAAAAAAAAAAAAAAUGAUGGAUGAGAGAAAAAUAGUAGUGGUGGUAGAAGAAUCAGAAACAGCAAGAACAGCUCUAAAAUGGGCUCUACAAAACCUCGUUCGAUACGGCGAUGUCGUGACCCUCCUCCAUAUAUGUCCUCACUACCCUCCCAGGUCACGUAACAAGAAGAAACUCAGGCUUCUUCGCUUAAAGGGUUAUCAAUUAGCUCUUUCUUUCAAUGACAUUUGUACCUCUUCAUCUAUUAAUACGAAAAUAGAGAUAGUGGUGACAGAAGAUGAUGCAGAAGGAAAAAAAAUGGUAGGGUUGGUUAGAGAAAUGGGUGCCUUUGCUUUGGUUCUUGGUCUUCAUGAUCAUAGUUUUUUCUACAGGUUGGCAAUGAGACAUGAUAAUAUAACAAAGACAUUGAAUUGCAAAGUUCUAGCAAUAAAACAACCAAGGCCGUCAUGUUCAUCGUCAUCGGCUAGACUGACUACGAGUGCAAAAUCAUAUGCAUGCAUCACACAACUCGAAGCUUCACUCACUUUGGACUUUUCUCAAAUCGAAGUUGCUCCUUUGCAAGUUCCUGAUAUAAUCCCACAAAAGAUUCCAUACCAAAUUUGUCCAGACCCUUCUGCAAUAAUAUGGAGAUCCAAGAAGACAAGGAGAAGAUCACCCACACAACACUAACUAGUUUAUCAUUAUUUAUCCAUACUUUUUUUUUUUUUUUUUUUUUUUUUUUUUUUUUUUUUUUUUUUUUUUUUUUUGAGUUUUGCCACUUUUUAUAUCUCAUUUUAUGGUAUUUUCUUUUAGCUAGGUUUGAUAUGGAAAAUAACCAAAGAAAAGUAGUUGAAAAAAUUAAAAUCAUGCAAGUGGUUGCUUUUGAAAUUAAACAGAAAGUGUUGAUACUAUACAUGUAGAAAGAAAACAUACAUUGUGGAUUUGUGGGAACAAGAUUUGGUGGUCUAAAAUAUUUCAUGACACUUUUUAUGUGUGACGAGAUAAGUAAGUGUAGAUGUGGGUGUGUCAAUAAUUGAAUUGCUACAUAGCACCUUUGUUUCUCA